AUGCUUGCGCAGCAAAAUAUAUAAGAAUGGUGUUAAACCGGUGCGUUGUGGUGCUCGCCAACUUGCCGGCCAUGCGCUCACACCUCAACUGUGUGUGUCUGUGCUUUUUUUUGUAUGGGGAGAGUGAGCAAGUGGUGGCGCAAGUUGGCUCGCGCUCCAGUCAUACCAAACAUAUUGCUGCUAAAUGCCUGCGUAGCGGCGAUUGUAAAAACAGUACGAAGAGAGCGAGUCAUGCAGACGGUGGUGGUGACCGCAUAUCGCAUGUAUGUUAACGUAUGGCAAGGAACGCGAGUAGCAAGCAACAGCUAAUUCGAUUAAUUCCAUGAAUGAGAUUUUUCGCUUAGUUGUGUGGCAAUUUGUAACCACAUAAAACGGCACAGGUAGUAAAAAACCGAAAUACUUGGUUGGCGGCACGAGCGGCGUCAGAGGCAGCGCAUAACUGCAGGUGGCGGACUGUGGGGAAAAAAAUUUAAUUCAGUAUUAAGUGUGGAAAAGCAACAGAAACAACAGCAACAAAACGGUAGCCGACGCGGUGACGUAUGAGCUGGCACUGGACUUUAUAUAUUGUGCAUGUUUGAGCAUUCCAUGUACCACGUCAUUUAGCCCAAAGCGCGCCAUUGAGUUUUUUAUAAGGUGAAAAAAAGCAGCGCGCACUUUUUUCGGCUGAUAAAAGUAAAAACGCUAGCUAAUGGUGGUGGUAAGCGUGCAUUUAUCAUAAGUGAAUUACGCGAGUCUACGUAAUAAAUCCGCACGCGGUAGCGAUAAGCGAGAAAUAUUUUUGGCGAAGACUCUGACUCUGACUCUGACUCUGACUCUGACUGUGCACGACCACACGAAAAUAUCAAAGUGGCAAACGAAACGAGAAUUUCUUCCUAUAAUAACGACGGAGACAGUGUACAUUGAAUAUCGUGUUUUUUUUUGUACAUACAUAUGUAUGAAACUAGCUGAGCGCUGAGUAGUCAAACGUCCCUAUAUCCAAAUCAGCACACUACAGUGUGACAACAGUUACGUCGGAGACAGCAAACGCUACGGCUGACAGUGCGUGCAUUCGUGGAUCACGGCAGCAGAUAGCUAAAUAAAGCAUAUUCCGUAUUUAGGCAGCAAAAACAACAAAAAACAACAACAACAGCAUCAUCAAUAAAAUAUUGCAAUAACAGAAAAAUGUGUCGCUGCUGCCAGAGCUGCUGGGAGGACUUCAAGUGGAACUGUUUUGAGGAGAGAUUUUGCUACGAUGAAUCAAUCGCCAACUACAAUCCCGAAGAUGAUAACGACUAUCUGUCGAUGCAGAAAAAUGGCAGCGCUCUGAGUCAUAUACAAAUAUCGGAUAAUAAUAACUUAACGGUACCAAUUUGUAAUCAACCAUUGCGCCGUAAUAAUUCCGGCUUUCUAAGCAAUGCUAAAAUCCACGAAGAAGACUAUCGCCGUGAAACACAAACGAACGUGCCGAUGUUGGGACCCGAAAUAUUGGCCGUUUUUGCGAAUUCACAAAUCUUCCAAGAUCAUCAGCCCACAAAGCUGACACGUAUUAGUACGAAAACUUUUCUCGCUGGCAUACAUUCACCGAAUAAGGAGGUGCCGACAACGCCGCGUGAAAGCGAACAGGAUCGUUUAUUGCGACGUUUGGAAGGUGACACCAUCAACAAUGACGCCACCACUGCUGCUGCUGCCGCCGCCGCCGACAAACGUACAGCCGAAAACGUUGCGCCCACAAGCGCACACACCAUCUCACCGUCCGAUAGUGUAACAGAGAAACGCAUAACAUUCACCAUAACCACCGACUCCUCACCCGAGGGUAGUCAAACGUUAACACCGAAAAAAUUCGGUGCGAUUGUCGAAGAAGAUAUGGCUGAUGCGGCUGCUGCUGCUGCUGCAGCCAAGGCUAUGCAUGCCAACGACGAAGUAGUACUUCGUCCACCCCGUUACAUUGAUCGUCAGGCACACUUGUUGACCACCAGCUCGGGCAUGACAUCGCCGCGUAAGUUGAAGCGCAGCGCGACUAGUGUACCACAAUUUAAUGUACGCAGCGCUGCCAGUGAGACGGAUAUAUUUGCGAUUACCGGUUCCGGUUCGCGCAUCAGCAUGACACCCGAAGUACCAUCGAUAUCGUUUAGCAAUCUACCGAAGAACUACGAAGAUACACCGACUAUCGAGAAAUAUCGUGUGUCGCAAAGUCUCUACUCUAUACAAACGGCAAAUGCGGCGCGCGCCAAUCAAGCUGAUUACUCAAUGCCACGCUAUUUCCGACGUUCGGCAGCAAUGUUGCAAACGCAGAGUAGUGAAAUUUUAUCGGCUGUGCCGUCUACAACAUCGACCAAUUCGAUGACAUCCUCCAAUGAGGGUAUACAUCGACCGGAGAAGGCGAAGAGUAAGCGUUUGCAAAUGUUGCGUGGCAAUUUGCCGCCAUUAUUGAUACACUCUGUGUCGUUCCGUAAGAAUAAGGAGGAGGGUAAGCAAUUGGAUUAAUCGCUAGCCUACAGUGGUGAUUGCUGGGCAAGAAGAAAAUGAUGUAGGCAGCUAAAUGGUUGAUGUAUGUAAUUGGCGGUAGAAGAGGAACGUCAAAAAUGGUAGCGAUACCAUUCGUGGGAGCGUGUUGUUAUUGUUUUUAGCGUAUAGUGAAAGCUUACAAAGUUCGCGUAUAUGGCUUUUACCGUUAGUUAUUUGAAAAUUGUAAUAAAAAGCAUAAGUUUAUUAUCCCUUGAAAUUAGCGCACAUAUCCCAACAUUCCUUGAAAUUUUUAUUAACAUAAAUUGGCUGAGAAUUACAAAAAAAUUUGUGUGCAAUUUUUACGUUAAAAAGUUUGUUUCGUAGAAUAAUAAAAUAUAUUUGCAACAUUUUAUUUUUCGCUUUAUCGGAGCAAAUCUUUAGAAUUAAGAAGAAAUUAUUAUAAAAUUAUAAAACACAAUAUAAUUACUGAAAUUGUUUAAUUAAAUUUUUUGUAAUUGAAAGAUUGACAUCUAAUGAAGUUUCCCAACACCAUAAAAUAAAAGCAGCUCAAAUUUUAUCUAAAAAAAAA